AUGCCAGUGCAAACUAGUCAACCGUCCUUUCCGGACUCAUUUCCGUCUUUCAUGUCGGUGUUUGGUGGUCCCCUUCCAGGAUACAAAGAAGAAGCAAACACCAUCCAUCAUCUUCAAUACCCAACCCAUGUCCCUGUCAAUACACGUCUACUUCCUUCCCCCCACCGCGAGAGUGUUUCAUCUAUGACCUCGGCAUCGACCGAGUCCUCCCCAACCACAACCAUCUCGCCCUUUGAUUCGCCUGGCGGGGGUGACAUCUCUCCGAGCUCUUCCCCGGAAUCUCCCUCUGCUAUGUCUGUCUCAUACCCGAAGUUCAUGCCUUCCACACGGCCCAUGGAGCUUCCUCCGCGCCUCGCGCCGGUCGGUGAAACGCGCCUGUUGCAGCCGACCCCUCAUAAUACGCGCCCAGACUCCCCGAAUCGGCGGGCGCGUAAUCUCAAGAACUUGUCAUUGCGAAUGCCGCCCCCAUCUCAGUCACGCCCACCUAUCGUUACUGCAUCGAUGGUGGAGACGUCACACCACUUUGAUGCCCCACAAGCUCCCAUCCCGAUCCAUCCUAAGUCUACAAAGCGACGCGCCAAUCUCACCAUCCAAACCCCCACAUUCAAUAAACCGUUAUCUAGUAUCACUGAUGAUGUUCCUCCAACUCCAUCCCUGCGUCACGCAGAAUCCUCACCUUCGCUUCUAUCGAUUACAUCACCCUCGUUCGCCCCACGGGGAGGUAUGCAGCUUCCCCGGCUAAUGUCACAUCCUGGUAUUCGCCGUUCGUCUAGCGCGUCUGAGGAUACUACGUCCCCUGUCACUUUAAAACCAGUUGAUGGAUCUGGAUUUUCUCGCCGUGUCCUUGAUGGUCUAGAAGAAGAGGAUGACCACCCCGACUCGCGUGAAUCGACCCGCAAGAAGGAUCGUGGCUACCCGGAUGGGCCUAUCCGGAUCCACGACUCUGGUGUCUACUUGUAUCUAGAGCCAACAGCCGAAGAAGCGUCCAAAUUCGAUGUGGUGAUCAACGUCGCCAAAGAAGUGGUGAACCCGUUUAAUACUAGCAAGGAGGAGCGGAAUGAUACUGUGAUGAGCACAUGGCGGAACGCUUCCAUGGCCUCGAAACGCUUCUCCCGCGGGGAACCCCAGACAGCGAUUUCGGAGAUGUCAUUUAAGUCUGCUUGGGAAUUCCAACCCUCGGAUUCCGAGUCGCCAACUCCUACCGUCGCAAGUCCUACCCAAGAACCGGAGUACCUCCAUGUCGGUUGGGACCACAACUCCGAGAUCCUUGAAGACCUCCUCCCGCUUUGCGAAUUGAUUGAUGACCGGAUCGCUGAAGGAAAGAAACUUCUCGUCCAUUGCCAGCUGGGCGCCAGCCGGUCGGCAUCGCUAGUAAUUGCUUACGGAUUGUACAAAAACCGACACCUGGAUUUCAACUCGAUGUACGAAGCAGUCAAGGGACGAAGCCAGUGGGUUGGCCCGAACAUGAGUCUCAUCUACCAGCUCACGGACUUCCGCUCUAAAUUGAUGCGGGGAUCUACGUCUAAGCCUCCACCACAGGAGUGGUUUGUUCAAACCGGUCGACGAAGCUCAGAGCCCCAGGUUGCACGAGCUGAGCGCCCAGCACCCAACGAACCAAGCCGACCAGCCUUCCGCGGACUGUCGCAGGCACCUUCAGUUAGCUGCCUCUCCAUCCCAGAGACGACCUCGAUGCGUCCCACUACGAGCGACAGCAGUAGCUACAAAAAAUACAAAUCCUACUCCCCCAAGCGGAGUCUGUCCCCCCGACCCCUCCCGUUCCGACAGAAGUUUCAGUCCGUGGAACCUGCCUCAGGUCGGCCACGAGGGUUGCCGCGCAGCGUCAGCAGCUGUGACCCGCUCGUUCAGACCCAUGUGUUUGUACGUGAUGCGCCAGACUCUGGCAGUUUGUUUUCACCAAGGACGAACGAAUUCUUCUCCCCGACUUUAGCACCGUCAUCAUUCCACCGGAUUGAUCGCUCCGCAACCCUCUCCCCACCUCCUAUCCCCCGCGCCAUGCGACCUGCCGCCGAACCGGCAGACCCCCGCUCGCCUCCAUCCGGCAGCGAGCCUCUGAUCAUGAGAUCCAUUGAUGAAUUCUUGUGA